GUUUUCACCAACAAGCCCUAAGUUUUAAGGGACCCUUAAAUAUUUUUAAGUAACACUUAAAAGAAAUUUUCGUUUCACCAACCGUUAGGUGACACCUAAGGCGCUAGGGGUCCCCUACAGUUUGGGGGCUCGAAUAUUGAACCCCUAACAUUUAAGUGACAGUUUCAUUUGAUUCAUUUUAGGUUAGUUCACUUUAUAUUUCUUCUAUUGUGGAUGCUGUAGUUGUUAUUUCAAAAUGGAAAGUCACCUAAUUAGUUUUUUGGAAAGUUUGGAAGCCAUCGAGACCUUGGAAUUAGUGUCUAGCCCAAGUUUAUUUAGGCGACCUCGUAUUUUUCGUGUAAGAUCGGAUGACUGCAAAAUACGAUGCUCGCGACUUUUUCAUAAGAUACAGAUUGUCUAAAGAAAGUGUGUUAUUUCUACUAGACAAAAUCGAACAUCAAUUGGAAUUUAAAGAUGACAGAAAUAAUUCUGUACCUCCAAUAAAUCAACUACUAUGUGCAUUACGAUUUUAUGCUACUGGUAAUUUGUUACAAGCAGUGGGGGAUUUGAAUGGUGUCAGCGUCGCCACUUGCUGCCGUAUAGUAAAAAGGGUUUCUGAAGCUAUAGUGCCGCUUCGAGAUCAAUUUAUCAAAUUUCCAGACACAGAAGAGCAACAAUCCAUAGUUAAAGAAGAAUUUUACAAGAUAGGGUGAUUUCCAAACGUACUCGGCUGUAUUGACUGCACACAUAUAAAGAUACAAUCCCCUGGUGGUGAUGAUGCUGAAUUAUUCAGAAACUGAAAGUCCUACAUGUCAGUAAAUGUGCAGACAAUAAGUUCUGCAAAUUUAUUAAUUACUGAUGUAGUAGCACGUUGGCCAGGCUCAACACACGACUCUACUAUUUAUCAGAAUAGCCGAAGAUAUGCUAAGUUCCAACAGGGAGAUUAUAGAGGUGCCUAUCUAUUAGGAGACAGUGGAUAUCCUUUGAAGAGUCAUCUUCUCACUCCAUACUUAAAUCCUUCAACAUAUGGGCAACGAAAAUACAAUGAGGCUCACAUUAAAACAAAGAAUGUGGUAGAACGACAGUAUGGUGUAUUAAAUAGAAGAUUUCCUGUCUUAGCUGUUGGAAUACGACUUAAGCUUACCACUGCAGUCAAUGUCAUUCUAGCAUGUUGUAUUUUGCACAAUUUAUGUAUCAUAAGGAAAGAACAGGAGCCCAUAAAUGAUUGUUCUAUCCCUCAUUUGGCAGACCUCAUUACAGCUGGCCAUAUCCCCCAGUUACCAAUUGCCAUCAAUGAUCCCUCAUAUGGAUUUCAGAGAGAGCAAAUAACUCAAUAUUUUGAAAAUAAUUAAAUGAUUUGUGUGACAAACUUAAAAAUUACCUUUUAUUUGAAACAAUAUUUCCAUUUUAAUUUUAACCUCCUUGGCCGCAGCUUCAAGUUGUAAUUUGUAGAGGUUUUUUUAAAUGCAAUCGCAUCUUGGAGCAAUUGUCUUUUUAAAUCUUCAAUAUCCUCUUUCUUUUUAUUAACGUCCUGCAAACUGGCACAUAAUGUGGAAACUGCCUCUGUUCUUUCAUUUGUUUGAGAUAAUUGUGGUCGCCUUCUUGACCACAUUAGAGUUUUCUUUAUUUCAAAAGAUGCUGUUUCCUGCAAUAUACAUUUGUCCAUAUUAACCUUUGAUGCGUCUAUGAGUGUGUCCUUAAUAUUUUGUUUUGUUUUUUAAAUGGUAGAUGAAAACACAGUUGCGCGUUGGAGACAUUGUGUGCUAACACUGAUGACUGUACAUCACCAUAAUUUUAGUAGAAGUAGAAUUCCAUGUGAUGCCUUACAUAU